AUGGAUGUGCCCCACUUGUUCAUACAAAAUAAGAAGGUAAAUGAAUUCAAUGAAAGAGUGCAUAAUGCAGCAACUGGUGAAAAGUUUUCAAUCAAAGCAAUAGACAGUGUUAUAGGAGCUAACUCUGCUCAACUUCGAGAUAAAAUUUUGAGUCAGAUACCAGAUGAUCCCAGGAAAACUAAACAAAUUGCUUCAAACCUUCAAUUGUCAGUGGGGAAAAGAACUGAGAUAGCAUUAAAUGUAUGCACUGAUGAUGGAAUGACUAAUGGUGCUGGUAAUGUUGUUAAAAAGAUACAAUUGAAUCAAAUAGAUAAACCUUUGUGCACAGGUAUAAUAUGGGUCCAAUUUGACCAUUCAGAUGUUGGUGAGAAGACCAGACAUGAAAAUAGACGUCUUUAUGUUCAAGGUAUUGAGUCCACAUGGACUCCAAUAAAGCCAAUCACAACUCAGUUUGCUGUGGGUAGAAACCAAACUGCACAAGUUGUUAGAAAACAGUUUCCACUUAGACCCGCUGCAGCUAAGACAAUUCACCGUUCACAAGGUGACACUGAACAAAAAAUUGUUGUAAAUUUCAACACUAGAAGAUCAAUACCACAUAUACAUUAUGUUGGUUUGAGCAGGGUAACAGCAAUUGAAGGUUUAUUUAUCACUGACCUAUGUGAAGAUAAAAUAGCUGUCAAUCCUCAUGUAGCACUGAAAUGGAACAUUUGA